AUGGAUGUCACUGGCACGCAGGGUGCCUCGGCUAAUCUGGCUCUACAACAGGAGUCUAUGUCCAAGUUCGUGUGGAUAGAUACGUGUGCACACGCUGGGGCAAAGGUGGCAAGCUCAGCAGGUUCCUGGAGGAUCCUGGGCACGCAGAAUCCUGGCACGCAGCGGCCUUGUGCCAGUGUGCCCAGGACAGAUCCAAAGCUCAGGCCUGCAGACCUCAGGCUUACCAGUUGCCAUCCCGUCUGGUCCGUCCGCUCCAGCAGCAGGGAGCAGCACCUCCUGGAUGUCUCCCAAGGAGGAGCUCCGCUGCGGGGCGAGGAGGAGCCCCCUUCUCUGGAAGACUCCCCCACCAACUGCCAAGCCCACCCACACGCCGCAGGGCUCGCCCUGCCACCAAAGAGCGCACUGGAGGCGGAGGGGAAGCACCCACCAGCCCGCCCCCCGCCGCGGAGUCUCGGUGCCAAUGGAUUUCCCUGCUGUGGCAAAGAUUCGGUGGACAUUGUGGAUUCACAGGGUGCCAUAAACCAAAACCAGUUCCAGCCAAUACAAGAGGAAGAUGACAUGGAGCUGGAGGACGAAUUGCUAGGGCCAGAGGUUCCAGAAGAAGAGGUCCCUCAAGUGGAGCCAGAACAGAAGCCCAAGCCCUUCCCACAGGCAGAGCCCAAGGCCAAACAGGAAGACCCCAAGGCCCAGGAGUACAGGGAAGAGCCCCCCCAACCCUACGGAGACGGGCUAACAAAGCCAGGCAUCAGACAGCUGAGCAUGAGGUCCAACUCCAGCUAUGUGAGUUCCGUGGACGAGGACUACCGCUCCAUCCACGUGCAGACCUCCAGGCACCUCUUCUGGGUAGACAGGCUCAUCCAGGUGUCAGAACACAGCCUGCAACCAGUGAUCAGCACGCAGCCCGUCCAGAAGAGCACAAAAGAGACCACCAGAGGCCCAGCCCAACAGACGGUCCCCAAGGACCCUGAGAGCUCCAAGAAGCAGAGCCAGGACCCCAGUGCCCAGCAAGGUCCUCGAGACAAAGCCUCCCAGAAGACUCCAAGCCCCGAGCCGUCCUUCUGCGUGCCCUCCAUGGGCCUGGAAGAGCUGAUCAAUUUUGCAUCAACCCUGGCCAUGGCCUCCUCCAGCAGGAUGGACUUGCCCAGCUUGCAGCACAUGAUCAAGACCACACCCCAGAAGACCAUGCCACCUCCCACAGAGCCGGCCGUGAAUCACGCUGCCCAGCCCACCACGGACGAGCCAGAGCAGGAAAAUCUCACAAAGGACGAGAAGCCACCAGAGGAACCAAGAGAAGUCAGGGAACCUCAGGAUGCCCCAAAGCAAGACGAUAAGGACGUCCCUCACCCUUACCUUGACCUCGGCAAGCCAGGGUUCAAGAGGGCCACCAUUGAAGGGGAGCUGAAGUUUCUCCAGUCCCCGCCCAUGUCCCCUCAGCCAAAAGGAGCUGCAAAAGAGCCUGCACAGAAGCCUCAAAGACUGCUCACACAAGACCCAGGAGAGGAGCAGACUGGCAGAACCCGGAAGGGAAGGUUGCCGCAACGUGCCACCCUCCUGACCCAGAAGGAACCAGCUGCUGCCUUGGCCACAGGGGCUGAGCAGGCUUCUCAGAGGACCAGACAGCUCAAGGGCCUUGAGGCCACCCACACAGUACAGUCAGGCCCUCAGACCAGGUCUCAGAGAGGCAGCUUUGCAGACAAGAACCUGCUUCCCCUGACAGCACGGCAGCUGGCAGCAUUCCAGGAUGUCUUCAAACUGUUCAGCUCCAGCCCAACAGGCUCCGUGGACAUGCGCAGUAUGAAAACUGCCCUGUGCAAUGUGGGUGUCCAGCUGAGCCCUCAGGAGAUGUGUGAGGCUCUGCGGCAGGCGGAUUUGGAUGGUGAUGGAACCGUAAGCUUCAAAGACUUCCUGGGUGUCCUCACUGACAGCCACCGCCUGGCUCAGUGCUUGGGCAAGGUGAGGAACAGCUGGGCCUGUGACCCCCAGGGCUUGCAAACCCUCUUCUUGGAGAUGCUGUUCAAGCUGAUGAGUCUGGGCUAUGUGCCCUUCAAGUCGGUACGGGAGGUGAUGAGCUACUACUCCAAGAAGCAGCGGUCUCUGCGGCUGAACGCAAGCCGGAAAGGUCGGUCCCGCAGCCACGGCCGCAGCGGGCGCUCUCACGCGGGCCUCGCGUUCUUCUGCCAGGCCGCGCGCCUCAUCGGCCUCUCCAAUGCCGAGCUGGCGCUUUCGCUGCACGGACUUCACAAAGCGGGAGCGUGCAGCCCCUACUCCCAGAUACCUAGCCUGAACGGGCGGUCGCAGCCGGAAUCCCUCACGCAGAGGCGAACUCCGCGCCCCGACGUCCGACGUCCCAAGUCGUCCCAGCCCAGUCGCCCCAAGAGCGGGCGGCUCAGCCAAGGUGAAAGUCGACCUAGGCAGAGCCAGAGGGCGGAGCCCGGUUAUGUAGAUAAGGGGGCGGGACAUGGUUCGCGGACCAGUUACUAG